AUGUCAGACCAAAGACUCUUUUUGGAGAAGGCAAGCCACUAUGUUGGAAGAGCGAAGAUUGACUUGCGACACUUUCGUUUUGAAAGAAACCUAUCUGAAGUUCGGACUAUCAGCGACAAGCAAGUAGAGAAUUUGGUCAACGGGUUUCGGCACCAUGGCUGCUAUCGACUAAAACCAGACAACUAUGUGCAGGCUCUUAUCAGCAGUGAUGUGCUACAGCAUGCAUUGGCGACCCAACGGCUGGAGCGCCAGGAUCUGUUAGGGGACGCCGAACCCAGAGACUUGGAGCUUCCGGCGGACGCUUUCGUAGAGGUCUUGCACGGUCGGCACCGUUUGCUGGCAGCCGAGCGGUUUCUGUGGGAUAAAUGGUGGAUUGCCGACCUCUACGUUGACAACCUACCGCCAUGGGUAGAGGCCGUGAUGCGUGAAGAGCAUUCCAACGCCCACCAAUUCUGCGAUGGAGACAUCUAUCGGAAUCUGCGAUAUUACCAGAGUCGUGAAAGCGAGAAUGAAGAGGAGAAGUGGCGGGCGAGGCUAUCAUCAGGGAAACGGGACGAUCUGGACCGGAUGGACUUGAAGGCGAGGCGAUUGAGAAGGGCCUUCGACCGGCUCCUUCCGUUCAAGGGCCUGUGGUCUGCCCUUAAGCUGGGGUACCUGGGUCGCCUCCUUAGGCUGAGGAGCUCUGAGGAGCUGGUCCAUUAUCUCGAUCGCAUCCACCGGAUAUACACUCAUAUCCUUGGGGGGUAUCAGCCUGGCCUUCUUGAUCCGAAGACGGUGUCGAAGAUCGAGACACUGACUCCAAGCUUCUCAUCUCACGACGCUGCGCGAGCUCGUCAGAUGAUGAGUCGAAGACAGAUAUUCCCUGCUGUCCAGUCGCAGGACCACCGAGACCGGAUUUUGGAUCGAAUUCUCAGCGUACGCGGCAGGAUCUUGUCGUUCCAUACUUUCUUCCAAGACUUCCUCUACUUCGAAGCCUGCGCUCUUGUCCUGCGCGGGCUCUUACCCACACCGCUCGAGGGGGCGAUGCGUGAGAUGUUCUCUCGUAGUUAUACCGGGGUCAACCAGGCACCUGGGAAUUGUCGGAUACAGGUCGGUGAAACCGAGUUUCUCAGCCGUCCAGGCACAAGGGAGGCCAGCGUCCGUCUUGGUUACAGGCAGCUCUUCCUUGCGGUGAUGCUCUUGGAUUUUGAAACCGAGCGAACCCGGGAGAUCAGGGCGCUCGUUGGAAGAGAUCCAGAGAAAGGCGUCGCCCGGAACUUACUGGGCCACCUGAGGCCUGCUGAGCGCUAUGAUGUCGACGAGGAGCGUACCGACGAGCUUGCAACGACCACCAGACAGGCGGCAUUCGGGAUCGGGGACAAGCCCGACCCGUUGGGAAGAAUGCAUCGAGUCGACCCUACCAACCAUGCUGGCGGGGCGCAUGAAAUUCUUGAUGGAGCUUCCAGCGCCCUGGGGUCUGAGGGCUUCCUGGGGCAGGGGAUGAAUGAGUUCUACCCCAUUCAGGGCGACCAAGCACCCUCCGCUGUGAUAAAGCAGUUCAGGUUAGCCAGAGAAGUGGUGGUAAUCUUUAUUCCGAAACUAAGGCUAUACGCAAAGUUCUCAAGCAACCCAGAGCAACAAGAUGUGUUCAAAAGCUCUGCACAGUCCCUGGUCAACAAGGACUACCGUUUUACCGUCAUUAAAGACGACGACAGAGUUGUCGUCCAAAAACUACGUGGGCUCUGGGAAGCUGCACUCGACUGUAAACUGGUGGUAGCCUGCCCUAAGUCUAACCCUUCCAGCUUGGAUACAGGGAAUGUAAUAGGCACGGCGGAGGAUUUUUACCGUUUCAUAGACUCACAGCAUUAA